AUGGGAAAGAAACAAGUGCGUCCACCUCGUGCCCUCCCUCCGGUGCCUUCUGUAGAUGAAAUUCCACUCAAUCAUCCCAAAAAAAGGAAACCCAAAGGAAAAACUCCAUUAGAUGGCAUCGUCCAAGCAGCGGUUCGUCGUCAGUCUGAAAGCAGUGAGCCCUUAACUCCUGAACCUCAUGAUGUCCCUCCUCAGAGGAGACGCAAGAAGAAGAAAGUACCUACUGAUUCUGAGACCUCUUUUACCCAGCAAAAUGUUGCAUCCCUGUUUCAGAAUGGAAACGGCAUGGAUGUCCGUGAAGCUGAGGAAACAGUGAUCCGCAAACAGAGAAAAAGAACGAAGAAACCUCAGCCAGCUGAAAUGCACUGUUCCAAUGAGCUGGAAGUGGAGGAGGAAGACAUCAUUGAAGAUGAGCACAGAAAGAGUCCAGAUCAGCAGCCUGUGUUUGCUGCUCCCACUGGAAUUAGCCAGCCUGUUAGCAAAGUGUUUGUUGAAAAAAAUCGGCGUUUCCAGGCAGCUGACCGUGCGGAAUUGAUUAAAACCACUGAAAAUAUCAAUGUACUUAUGGAUGUGAAGGCUUCAUGGACUACCAGAGAUGUUGCCCUCUCAGUGCACCGAAGUUUCAGGAUGAUCGGGCUCUUCACCCAUGGCUUCCUUGCUGGAUAUGCUGUAUGGAACAUCAUUGUCAUCUACACUUUGGCAGGAAACCAGCUUUCUGCGGUUUCUAACCUGCUCGAGCGGUAUAAGACACUUGCAUACCCAGCUCAAAGCCUGUUCUAUUUGUUGCUGUCUGUCAGUACAGUCUCAGCCUUUGACAGGAUUGAUUUGGCAAAAGCAUCAGUUGCACUGAGAGGCUUUCUUACCCUGGACCCAGCAGCAGUGGCCUCUUUCUUGUACUUUGCUGCUCUUAUCUUAUCCUUAAGCCAGCAGACGACAUGUGACAGAAUUAACCUCUACACACCACCUUCAGAAAAUGGCAGCAUCUGGACGGCAGGUACAGAGGAAGAAAUUGUUCAGCCGUGGGUUGUGGUGAAUCUGGUAGUGUCUAUUCUAGUUGGGACAAGUUGGAUCUUCUUGUCUUACCGACCAGAGCUAGACCACAGUGAAGAACUCAUGUUUCAUACUGAAAUCGAGGGAUUUCCACAGGGAGACAUCAUACCCAGAGUCCAGCCAUAGUGUGGAACAAGCAUCUGCAAAUAUUGCAGCUGUGACUGAUGGCUCAACAUGUUGUGUAUUAUAGCCAUGUAUUAUAACUUUCA